AUGCUCAUCCUCCUGAACUUCAUAUUCCUACUUACUCAGUGUCCAUGGAUUCUUGCCACCUUCACAUUUGCCCGGACAGUGAGGGCAUCCGUCGGUCUUGGAGACAACGAUGUUAGGAUGGCGGUAUACUUCUGCUUUGCCGCCAUUAAUCUCGCUAUUGGGUCUUGGCUGACCCUCGGCGGAGAAGAUGAGGAGGACGAGGAGCCAGAUAAAACCACUGACGACGACUUGAACGGUAGAAAACAGGCAAAAGUAUUUGGAACUUGGCUCGAAAUGGAUGGUAUUGCAAAGCCCGCUGCAAGUCAGUGCUUCGAGGCAGUACAGCGAGAUUCGUGA